GAGCUCGCCGUUCCCGUUGCUUCGGUUCGUUGCAUCUCGCUUGCGUUGCUGAGUUCAAAAGUCUCUCUCUCUUUCUCUUUCCUUUUUUUGCCCCUUUUUCUCCCCCGGCACACCAUUUCGGUUACGGUCGCUGGUGGAGCUCAGCCGCCGUCUCGCGGAAGCGGCAUUGAACGGCGGCUGCCGCAUCGAGCUGGCGGCGCGGCGAUGAUGAUGAGGCGGGUGGCGGCGUCGCUGGUGCCGCCGUGGCUGGAGCCCCUGCUCUCCACCCAUUUCUUUGCCGCUUGCCCUGUCCACCCCGACGCGCCCCGCAGCGAGUGCAACAUGUUCUGCCUUGAUUGCGGCGGUUCCGCUUCCUCCUUCUGCUUUUAUUGCCGCUCCGAUCGCCACUCCGGCCACCGUGUCAUCCAGAUACGGCGGUCGUCGUACCACGACGUGGUGCGGGUAGCAGAGAUCCAGAAGGAAUUGGACAUCAGCGGCGUUCAGACAUACGUCAUCAACAGCGCGAGGGUGUUGUUCCUCAACGAGCGCCCGCAGCCGCGCGGUGGCGGGCGAGGGGGCGGCAGCGGCGGCGGCGGCGGCGGCGGCGCCUCCUCUUCCGCCUCGUCCCCUCACAUAUGUGAGAUCUGUGCCCGCUCCCUCCUCGAUCCCUUCCGGUUUUGCUCCCUCGGAUGCAAGUUGGUGGGGAUAAAGAAGAACGGAGACGCGACCUUCUUGCUCACCCCCGGCGACGAGGCGGCCGAAGGCGGCGGCGGCGGCGGGGAGUCAUCGACAACGGCGGCGGCGGAAGAGAGCAAGGGCGGGAGGAGAGGGAGGUGGGGCGGCGGAUCGCGAGAAGGAACAACGCACGACACCCGUGGUCCUGCACCCCCUCCGCCGCCGCCGGCCACCUCGAGGAGGCGAAAGGGCAUCCCCCACCGCGCCCCUUUCGCCUCCUAAUUAACCCGCUUCCUCUUGUAAAGUACAGAAAGGUAACAUUAUUAUUAUCAUUAAAACACACAAAAACGAGUCCUUUAAUCAACUUUCAAUAUUCCCAAGCUAAGAAUACCAUAUUACAAGAACACCAACAGAGAGAAGAGAAGGGGAUGAAGUAGAAUUUAAGCUGGGAAUAAAUUUGAUUCCAUUAUUCUUCACAAUGUAAUAAGUGCAUCAUUUAAGAAUUCAUAAGGUCUUCAUUGCUCAA